GACAGUCCCUACUUUUCUCCAAACAUGGCCGACUGUUGAAGUCGAAGCUUUGGAGAUAUUUUUGGAGUAAAUUCAUUUUUUCACUAAUUUCCUCGAACUGUUUUUAAAGAAGGACGUUUAUUCGUGGCCCGACACGGGUCGCAGACAUGGGGUAGCUCUUGGGGACGUGUCAGACUGUCGACUGAAAGACUGUUACUCCUGCCAAGUCGGUUGUUUUAUUUUUAAAAUGUUCGGUUCGACAUCCAACCACGGAGACGGUCGCUCGGAGGAAUGUUCUGGCAGCAGCCGCAACCUGUUGGUCCACCGCAGUUCAUUGAGGAGGCACGAGGUGGAAAGUAGCCUAAUAAGUUUGUCAAGCGAAGAGGACGAAGAGGUUCUGUUUGAUACCUCAGACACAGACUAUAACUGUGAGCUGCUGAUGGCUGGAAGACAUUACCCGUCCAUCCAGGAGUUCGCCUCGGCCAUCCCCAACCACCUCCUGCUGGGCUCGCUGCUGGAACACCUGUGCUGCGUCUACGAAAGCAACCCGGCUCGCUCCCGCAUGCUGUUCAAAGUCAUCGGGCAGCGUUUAGCCGCCAUGAACCUCCUCUCACCUUUGGCGGUGAGCGACGAGUUCAGCACCAUCAGACUCCAGCACAACCGUGCCUUCGCUGAGCUGCUGAACGCCGCCAGUUCCUCGCUGUAUCCACAGGGUCAGCAAAUUAUCAGCUCAAACACAAAUAAUCCUUCUGUCAGACCAAAGGAGGGGCUGUUUCAAGGACAGACGUCCAGGUACCUCAGUGAGUUUGAGGAGACCUGCAGACUGGGGAAAGGAUCUUAUGGGAAUGUUUUUAAGGUUAGAAAUAAGUUAGAUGGACAGUUUUAUGCUGUGAAGAAGAUUCUCAUCAAAAGAGUCUCAAAGGAAGACUGUAUGAAGGUUCUGCGAGAGGUGAAGGUGUUGUCCAGCUUGCAUCACGUAAACGUCGUGGGUUAUCACACGGCGUGGAUGGAGCACGUUCAGCCGGCUCCCAGUUUCUGUGUUUCAGAUUCCUGUCUUCCCGCUCUUGAAUCUGCAGAUCAAGACAGUUCUGAGGACAGUCAGGACCACGGCGGAUCCGGCUCCUCCAUCGUCUUCCAGAGCCUCAGUCGGACUCCAGCCGAGCCGGACGGACUCUCCAUAGAGACGCAGCCGGCGGGAGUUUUGGUCUCGGCACAAGAGGGACGCGUCGUCUGCCCCAAGACGAUGCGCCGCCUCCCCGAGAACUACGUCCCCUGCGUGUUCCUGGGACAGGGGCGGGGCGUGAACAGCUCCAAGUGUCCCGCCACGGGUUUUGACGGUCCUGCACCGCCGGAGGCGGAGCCAAGCAGCCCAGAAGUCAAUAACAACUCCUGCCUGGAGAAGGAGUGCAGACAGCAGACGGACAGACGGCAAAGUAAAGAGGUGCAGUUCCACCUGAUGCUCUACAUUCAGAUGCAGCUCUGCGAUCGAUCCUUGAAGGACUGGAUUUCUGAGAGGAACUCGUGGUCCAAAGAAGACAUUUCAGGAGGUCUCUAUGACUGUGUCGAUGCUGAACUCACACUCAGCUUGUUGAGACACGUACUUGAAGGAGUGGAGUACAUUCACUCUAAAGGGAUCAUGCACAGAGACCUCAAGCCGAGGAACAUUUUCCUACAAGGUCCAGACUGCCACGUUCGGAUUGGGGACUUUGGUUUGGCCUGUAGAGACAUUCUCGUGGACGGCUAUAAGAGAUCGAACUCUUCCGGCGGCGAUUCCAUUCACACUUCAGGCGUGGGAACAUUUGUGUACGCUUCACCAGAGCAGCUGAAAGGAUCUCAUUAUGAUUCAAAAUCAGAUAUGUACAGUAUUGGAGUUAUCGCUCUGGAGCUCUUCCAGCCUUUUGGAACAGAGAUGGAGCGAGUCCGGACUCUGGAAGACCUGAGGGACGGGAAGGUUCCCGACUCUUUCUGUCAGAGGUGGCCGGUCCUGACUAAAUACAUCACCAAUCUGACGAGUAAAGAACCCGACGUCCGUCUGACGGCCAGCCAGCUCCUUCAGAGUGAACUCUUCUGCAGCAAAGACGCGGUAAUUAACGGUUUGCAGAGGAGAGUGGAGGAGCAGGAAGAGGAGAUCCUGCAGCUGAGGCUGCAGAUCAGCCGGCUUCAGAGCUCUCGAGUCACCGUUACGUUCUCAGAGCUGGACGAGACCUGAGCCUUUUACGGAUGUCAAAAACUGUCGAAAUUUAACUGGAUCAGCCACCGACCUACUUGAUUCUGCUGGAUGCACGUGUGGAUGUAUUUAAGUCUUGUGGAUGCCGAAGUUUUAUUAUUUCUUUUCAGCUGUUCAAUAAAACCAGUUUUGGAUACA